AUUUUACUUCCGCUCGGUCUAUGUGGACUGAUGAAAUGUAGGAAAUCUGUUUCUGGCAGGGGGAAAAAAUCGUUUUCCCAAACAGCACCGAGAGGAGCCAUCAGAGAAGUAUGAAGAGGGGCAGCGCGGCUGGAGCUGCUGCCGCUGCCGCCGGGCUGGUGGGGUGCGGAGAGCGGCUGCCGCAGGACCCGCGCCGUGAGGGGGCCGGCCCCGAGACGCUGCAGGAGCCGAGCCGGGAGCCCCGGUGCCCCUGAGAGCCGCCAGCAGCCCAGCUCCGGACGCGGGGGUAUUACAAGUGGAUAAAUAAUGUGCACUGCUGUGAGCCCAAAGGUACGCAGUGGACCUGGCCUCUCUGAUAUGCAUCAGUAUAGCCAGUGGCUGGCCAGCAGACAUGAAGCUAAUUUGCUACCGAUGAAAGAAGAUCUGGCCUUGUGGUUAACCAAUCUGUUAGGGAAGGAGAUUACGGCAGAAACUUUUAUGGAGAAAUUGGAUAAUGGUGCCUUGCUCUGUCAACUUGUAGAAACUGUGCAGGAGAAAUUCAAAGAGAGCAUGGAUGCUAACAAGCCCGCCAAGAAGCUGCCCUUAAAGAAGAUUCCAUGCAAGGCCAGUGCACCCUCAGGAUCCUUUUUUGCCAGAGACAAUACAGCAAACUUCUUAUCCUGGUGCCGAGAUUUAGGGGUAGAUGAAACAUGUCUGUUUGAAUCGGAAGGUUUGGUCCUCCACAAGCAACCCAGAGAAGUGUGUCUCUGUUUGCUGGAGCUUGGCCGGAUUGCAGCCAGGUAUGGUGUGGAGCCUCCUGGUUUGAUAAAGUUGGAAAAAGAAAUUGAACAAGAAGAAACACUCUCUGCCCCUUCUCCUUCACCUUCUCCUUCAUCAAAGUCUUCUGGAAAAAAGAGUACGGGAAACUUACUGGAUGAUGCAGUGAAACGGAUUUCUGAAGAUCCUCCUUGCAAAUGCCCGAGCAAGUUCUGUGUGGAGAGGCUCUCGCAAGGACGAUACCGAGUGGGAGAGAAGAUCCUCUUCAUUAGGAUGCUGCACAACAAGCAUGUCAUGGUCCGUGUGGGAGGAGGUUGGGAAACUUUUGCAGGGUAUUUGUUGAAACACGACCCCUGCCGGAUGCUGCAGAUCUCCCGUGUGGAUGGCAAGACAUCCCCCAUCCAGAGCAAAUCUCCAACCCUCAAGGACAUGAAUCCAGAUAAUUACCUGGUGGUCUCUGCCAAUUAUAAGGGAAAGAAGGAAAUUAAAUGAAACUAGUUGGUCACUACAAGGGGACUCUCAUAAUGGCCUGUAUCCACAUCUCCAGUAGUCAGUUUAGUUCACAUGCUCUGAAAAUUACUUUGGAAAAAUACAUAACAGGUAGAAAGAUGUCAUCAUGUUGAAACAUGCUCAAAGAGUAGCACUAUUUAUUUUGAAUGCUUCUGUAGAAAAUGACCUAUUAAAAGAAAUUAUCAACUCAGAUUUAAAUUAGACAAAUUGUAGGCAAAUCACUGUUUCUCAAUAUGUGAACAUGGUAUUUAGAACACAAUACUAGCAAUACAAUUCUAGCUAAAGAUAAAAAUUAUUAGAAGAAAAUAGGAUUUACAGUUAAGUCAACAGAAAGUGCCUGCCUAAUGUGUACAGAAUAACAACACCCCAGACAUUUUUUAUAAUUGCAGGAUUUUUAAGCUGAUUUUUAAAAAAUGACAAUUAGUGUGAUGAUGUGCUACUAAAAAUAUCCAACAGCACUAUAAAUUAAAGUACAGUGUAUCUACGACAGUAAUACGUUACUGGAAAGGCCACUUCAGAAAAGUUUACAUUCACUUGGAAGAAUGCCUUAAAGUUUAUCCCUUAUCUCUGAACAAACACCUGGGGCACUUUGGGAAGUUUUCACUGCACCCCUUAGAGAAUGGCUUAUGAGUUGUUUACACAUUCCUAGACAAGUGGCUGUGUUGAGACUGAGUGUAAUUCACACACAUAAGCUGACAUACGUUUAUAUUUUGAAAGAGUAAAUUGUACAGUCAAAUGUCCAUUGACUUCACGUUAUUUCAAAGCAUUUUCUUAUUAUAUCUUUAGUUAAUCCAACUUUGCUGUGCUGUCUAGUAAAGUAAUUUCACUGUAGCUAAUAAUGUUACAGACUUAUGUAUACCCUUGUAUACCUAGGACAGGGCUGUUUUGUACCCAUAAACAGCAAAAUAUUGUCCUCACUGAUUGAAGAAUUAAAAAGAUGUUAAAAAAUUUUA